AUGGAGCUGGUUUCCUUGCAGGGCAUGGCGCAGAGAGCAGUGCCAAAAGCUGUGCCUGGCACCUUCCCGGACAGGAUUCUCCCCACCUACAUCUAUAAGGUGGUCCUCCUGGGGAGCACAUCAGUGGGGAAGUCAAGCCUCGCUUAUCGUUACGUGAAAAAUGACUUCAAGAAAUCACCAUCCACCAUGGGAUGUUCGUUCCUCACGCAAACGCUCUGCCUGGAAACUGCCACUGUCAGGUUGGAGAUCUGGGACACAGCAGGCCAGGAAAAGUACCACAGCGUCUGCCACCUCUACUACCGGGGUGCCCAGGCCGCCCUCCUUGUGUACGACAUCACUAGAAAGGAAACACUGGCCAGGGCCAAGCUGUGGCUGCAGGAGCUGGAGAAGGAGUUCCUCCACGACGAAAUUGUGAUAGCCCUAGUGGGCAACAAGACUGAUCUCGCGGCCGAGCGAGAAGUCACGACGGAGGAAGGAGAAGAGUUUGCGAAGAGCAAGAGCCUGCUGUACAUGGAGACAUCUGCAAAAUCUAAUUACCAAGUGAAUGAGGUCUUCAUAGCAGUAGCUCAAGAGCUUGUGGCUCGGGAAGGUGAGAAGGCAGCAGCACAGCACCCAGCACCCACAGACCUGCAGGAGCCUGGUGGCUCAGGGCCCCAGUGCUGCAAGCUUUGAGCAGGGCUGGACCAGCAAGUACCACUUCAGAGAGGACGGGCAGCUCACAGCCCUCAUGCUUCACCACCAUCAGCGGGUUAGCAAGCUCGCUGAUAUAAGCCACCAUGAAGCACAAGCUGACUCAAAUGCACAAGGCAAGCUCAGGCCACUAGUGCUUCCACUCACCCUUGAGGAGCAGGUUUGGAGCCCAGCUCAGGCAUACAGGCCCCUUUCAACAGAUAAACCAGCAGUUUCCUGCAAGAGGCAGAGCAACAACUUCCACCACCUUUCCAGCACCAGAGACUAACAGAAAGAGGCUUUUUUCCUCCUGACAUGGUGGAAAGUGCCCCAGGCACAAGCCUGAGCCCCAACUACAGCCUCAGCC